CCGUCUCGCACACACUCGCCGCCUCUUUUUCUUCCCGUUAUUUCCUCUUCUUCUCCCUCUUCUUUCAUCCAUUACCACCAGAUUCCUCCCCCUCUCUCCCGUCCACGCGAAACCGCAAAUCUAACGACGCUACCCCUCAACCGAAAGCCCACCGCCCAUCAUGGCCAACGAUGAAUACGACUUCCUCUUCAAAGUGGUGCUGAUCGGGGACUCGGGUGUCGGCAAGUCCAAUCUGUUGAGCCGAUUCACCCGGAACGAAUUCAACCUGGACUCGAAGUCGACCAUUGGCGUUGAGUUCGCGACCCGAUCCAUCCAAGUCGACUCCAAGACGAUCAAGGCGCAGAUCUGGGAUACCGCUGGCCAGGAGAGAUACCGCGCCAUCACGUCCGCCUACUACCGGGGGGCCGUCGGCGCUCUACUCGUCUACGACAUCAGCAAGCACCAGACCUACGAGAACGUCAUAAGGUGGCUCAAGGAGCUUCGCGAUCACGCCGACGCCAAUAUCGUCAUCAUGCUAGUCGGCAACAAGAGCGAUUUGAGGCACCUGCGAGCUGUGUCGACGGACGAGGGCAAGGUGUUUGCGAGUGACAAUCACCUAUCCUUCAUAGAAACUUCGGCCCUCGACGCCAGCAAUGUCGAGCUCGCCUUCCAGAACAUCCUGACCGAAAUCUAUCGCAUCGUUUCGAGCAAGGCGCUGGACAGUGGUGAGGGUGCCCAAGCCCCGAUGGCAGGCACCAACAUUUCGCUGAGCAAAUCGCCCGAUGACGGGGCAAAGGAGGGCGGCAAGUGCUGUUAAACCAGGGCAUUACGCGCACGCGAGCACGUACGCAAGCACGCAGGGGGGGCAGUGGGCGGAGACGGAUGACAGGACGGUUAUACGGCUGGUAUGAUGAUGUUUGCGUGCAUGGCGUCACGUAUUGUCCGGGAGACGCUCUGCGGGAGGGUUGACGAGAGACACGGACAUGACGGGUUUUCGGGACGCACGCUGAGCUUCGGCCGGGAAGGGCUUCUUCAUCUCCUGUUUUUCCGCCACGCCUUCCGAUUUUUACUACUUUUUCUUGGGUUUCUGUCUCUCGAUCAUGAUAAUGAUGGUUUGUGCGCUGUCGUAGUGUUGAGAUUUGACAACCUCGGGGCCGCAGAAACAUGCCUUACCAGCUAACGCGUCCGCCGUAGUCAACUAAAUGCCAUUACUUG